CUGCAUCCGGCCUCAGCCAUGGCUACGCAUAUGACACGAGCGUCGAGGGCAACGCACUGCAUGCAGCAAUGCCGCAACCCGCAACGUCUCACACCACUACUCUCGAUCCGUCACUCCUCUUCCUCCUCGCCAUACGCACCGUCAAACUUCAGCAACUCUGCUUCUAAUUCCACACCUUCCGACUCAUCCAACUCUCAGAAUGGCAAUGCGACCGCUCCGAGCCUGGCCACCCCCCGUCCAUCCUACGCUCACCCUCCGGCCCGCCGCUUCGGCGCCACCGAGAUGGCCGGCACAAAGCUCACAGCAUGGACAUGGCUAAAGUCCCUCUUUGGCUGGCGCCCAACACCAACGUACAAACCAGCCCCGUUCCGCGUGAACAACAACCCGUUCCGGGCACGCAAGAGGUGGCCUCCCGACUUCAACAACCUGGACCCGAAGCAACAGUUCCAUUUCGAAAAGACCUACCGCCGACGCGCGGCGCUGAAAUGGGCUCGACCAACAUGGAACAAGAGUAUUAAGAUCCUCCAGCAGACGCUGAUCACAUUCACCAUCAUAUAUUUUGUCUUCAUCUGCGAGCCGACGCACGGGCAGGGGACGCCGUUCGAUGGGUUCCGUGCAUGGUUCUUCGACAAGGUCGGCAUGCUGGGCCAGUUGCCCGAGUCGACGAGGGAAGAAGCGGACAAAUUGAGCGAAGAAGCUAGGAAGAAACUAGUCGCGAGUGUCGAUACGUCCAAUUCUCCUCCAAACUCCUCGCCCUAAUGGAAUACUCUGAGGCUAUCUAUGUUUUCAGGCAUAUAUUGUGCGGAAUAUGUCCUCCAAUAUGCUGCAAUAAACCGAAGCACCUUUGCGCCACCAGGACUCCUAUACAACCUAGCCACAGGGAGAGCAUGAUACAAGCCUGUGCUGCUGCGACAUGUCGAGGCAAGUUCACCUGACAUCAACCAUAGCGCCAAAAAUCAAGGAUUCCCGCACGGCGUCAGCUGCUUAGCGCGAGUCAGAUGGAUAGAAAUCUCAUCUGCUGUGUCAUUCUGGCCCAGAAAGCUUGUGUUGGAAGCAAUACAGCACAAAUAUUGACUCAAGCCUUUCCAAGGCCGACAAGGACCAGCAAGGCAACGUUCAUGACCACCAGCACCAGCCAAAUGAUCACGGCAAGUGCCGUCACCACCCAACCGUUCCGCAUGUUGAAGGCCGCUCCGCCGCGAACACCAGUCUCGUCCGGUACCGUCAUGAUAUGACUUCGACAAGUGAACCAUACCAGCGGAGCGGUCACAAAGGGCAAAAUGACGCUGAGGCAAACUUGGCUGGCGGUCAGAGCCUGGUUCAGGCCCUCUUUCCCUACAGCAGCAGCGAUGAUGAUACUCGGGAUAAUGCUGAUUGAUCGAGUGAUCAGCCUUCGCAUCCAAGGCUUGAUCGUCCAGUGAAGCAUCCCUUCGGACACCAUUUGCCCGGCCAUGGUGCAUACUAUUCCAGCAGAAGUGCCGGAGAGUAGCAGCGCGAGAGCAAAAAUCGUUCCAGCAGCCUUUGACAAGUUCUUGCUGAGAAGGUCAUGAAUGCCAAAGAGAUCGGCUUUGGUGGCUUCUGUUUGAGGAUAUAAAGAGGCCCCGGAUACGAUGAGGAUGGCGGAGUUGACAAACAGAGCAAAAGUGAAGAGCGAAGUGGCCAGCUCUACGAUCGAGUAUUUGAGACAACCCCGGAUUGCGUAGAUAGAUGGACGAUACUUUUCUUCCUCGUCAUCUGACGUGUCGCCCAUGGCAAUGUGACCAUUUCGCUCAUCGAAUUGCUUCAAGCGAGGCUGAACCACGCCCGAACCAAGGAAGAUUGAAUGAGGCAUGACCGUGGCACCCAUGAUGCCGCAGGACAGAUAGAUACCAUUGCCUUGCACAACCGCUGCCGAGGGCAAAUAGCCUUUAAAGACAUCCCCAGCCGAAGUGUCUCUGAUAUAGGACAAUUGUAUGCAAAAGCAAACCAUAACCCC